AUGACGACCGCGCGGCCCAGAAGGGUUAAGACAGGAUGCCUGACAUGCAGGCGCAAGCACAGAAAGUGUGACGAGGUCAAGAAACCCGACACAGACGGGAAUCCACGGUGCAAUUACUGUACUUUAAACGGGCUUGGAUGCAGCUGGCCUGGGUUUGUCGAUAAUUCGGCUUUAAUGAGAGGAACAGGCCGUCAUAACCUCAAAACGCGCAAAGGAAUCUCCGAUUCCGACGAAAAUAAGCCCGAGAAGCGAGCUCGUCGAGUUGAUCAUGCCAAUGGAGCAGCUCUAUUAGACCGAAACAAUGGAACCAUCCUGGACCAUCAAGAUCUACCACAGGACGUUCUGGCCAACCCGGUACUGUCCCCAUUGCCGGAACUGUUUACCGGGCCGCAUUACUCCCUUUCGCAGUUGCCAGCGUUGGCCCUGGAGAACCAUUCUUCGCCCGGUAUGCAAUUCAACGGGUUCAGCGAUGCAUCCUCGUCUGAGUCACCACCACACGGUCUUCCAGGUCCUUCAGAAGGACUUGGUCACGUUUCUAGGAGUCUUAGAUCUGAGCUGAAGCCACAAGCACCGAGCCAUAUCGACCCGUUCCCAGAAUACCAUACGGUUCUACGGUGUUCUACUGAACCAGCCAACAUUCCAGAUUAUGACUGUUUCCUAACCAUGGACCGUCCUAAUGAUUACGACCUUCCGGAUACUUUACGCGAGUUCAUGUAUCUCAAUGCUAUUUCUUCGCAAGGUCCUAGAUCUCCAGCUUUGACGCUUCCGUCAGAUAUUCCCACCGAAGAGGUGUUCGAGGAGUACUUCAAAAGUACAUCCUCGGAGCCAGAACCGCAAUUGGCGCCCGAGCAGGAGAUGGUUUUACUGAAGAACUAUGUGGAAUUGUUGGGAGGAGGUCUGGAUAUGUUUGACGUUGACAUGACGUUUGUGCGCACCAUUCCAACUCUGACCAAGGACUGUGAGGCUCUGCGAUAUGCCGUGCUUGCACUCUCUGCAAGACACAUGGAGACCACUGUGACCAACUUUCCAAAGCACCUGACUCUUCAAUUAUACGAGGCCUCGUUGCGACACCUGGUUCCAGGGUACAAUCGCACCACCACAAGCAGCGUGAUCGCAGCGUGCGUAAUUCUGUGUGUGUUUCAAAUGAUGAGUUCUUCGCCCAAAACCUGGAGAAGACACCUUGAGGGGUGCCUUAUGCUGUUCCGAAGCUACAAUAUCCACGGCUUUGGCAGUCCGCUGGAACGGGGGAUCUUCUGGACGUUUAUCCGGAUGGACAUCUGCAGUGCCGUUAUCGGAGAACAGCACCCAUUAGUUCCUUUGCAGGAGUGGCUUCCACCAGGAACUCCACUUGAAGAUGCCACUGCUCUUUUCAUAUCAGAAACCAAGGGCAAAACGCUGGGAAUGCACGCUAACCAUAUGGUGUUCCUCACGAGCUGGGUACUACAUUUGGUUCUUGGUGACAAAGAGGGCCUUGAGUUCCAGAAAUCUUGGCUGGAGACGUGGAGAAAGUUGAAGGAAUGGGUUCGAACUCUGCCAAAAGCAAUGAAACCAGUAUUUGAACACGAAGAUGCCAAGUACCCGUUUCCCCGAGUAUUUUUCUCGAACCCCCAUGCGAUCUCGUCCCACCAAAUGUUCCAUAUGGCCUCCAUCAUAAUGCUGCAAAAUAAGCCCAGGACCACUAAACUGCUGGAUCUCAACAGACUGUCAUCUAUUCCCGAUCAUCCCGACCAAAGCUACGACGACAAGUUCUUCAGUACGUCGCUAUCGUGGCAUGCCAAACGGAUCUGUGGAAUCGCUAUCACCAACUGCGAUUAUGGGGCAUAUUGUAAUUCUAUUCAGCCACUGUAUGUGGCAGGCCGCAUCAUGACCAGCAAGGUUGAACACGGGAUUUUGCUUGGAGCUCUACGGAGAGUGGAGACGUUUACAGGAUGGAGCACCAGUUGGCGGGGCAAAGAUCUGAUUGAGUAUUGGAAUGGGGAGUGUUGA